AUGGCUCCCACCAAAGCUUCAAGUAAUUCUAAACGUUCAACGUCGUCUGGUUCGUCUGGCAGCGGCGGAAAAGUAAAAAAGGGGCAUGAAGAUUUUCGCAACUAUCUGUACAAGAUAUUGAAAGAAAUUUACCAUGACACUGGCAUCACAAGGCAGGCUAUGGACUCCAUGAACACACUAAUGAACUAUCUGUUCCAUAUCAUCGCUGAAGAAGCCUCUAGUAUUAUGAAAGCAGCAAACAGAACAACAAUGGCGGCAAACGACAUACAAAGCGCUGUGAGAAAGGUUUUACCGGGUGAGCUACAAAAACACGCAGUUUCAGAAGGCACAAAAGCGGUUGCAAAAUUUAAAAGUUUUUAUGUAUAG